CCAAUAAACAUUUGUAAUGAAAUAUAACAGAAGAAUAAGGAUGUUGGUUCAGUGCAGUAGCCAAUUAAAUCAUCAAAUUCAUUAUUUCGUAUCAGUUAAAGUAAUGACAACAUGUAUCCUGAUGUUUUUUUUCGUUUUGCUAUCAAAUGUUUAUUUCAUACGAAUUGUUACGACCUGUAUAUAUAUUUUUUUAUUUCUAUUUUAUCCCCCUAAAAAGAUUUAAGCUCGUAGAGUUUACGCUAGCCUCGUAUCCCCUGCCAACGCGAAAUCAAAACAUUCUAAUGUCACUUAAUGGGUGUAUCGGCACAAACUUUCCUGAUUAAACGUUCUUCACUGUUUAUUAAGCACGUGAUAUUUCCACUAUGGUUCAUAAAAAGUCAACAUAUCGUUUAAUGUACAAGAAUUAUGGGGCAGAAGUAAGAAGAGAGGUUUGGGAGGAAAAUAACAGCCUUCGGUUACGACGGCGAGAAGAGGAAAUGUCACAUCACUCAAUUGAAGAAACUGAAUCAGAAUGUGAAUGUGAUGCUAGUGAUGAAGAAGAACCAAAGAAUGAGAAAGAUGCCAGAGGAGUAAGCUCAUCUGCUGUGAAAGGCAUACUGAGUAAAUCCAUAGGGCAGGAAAAUGGUCAGUCACAUGCAGAAGGGGCGACAAAGGUAGUUCCUCCCCAUGUGCCUCGACUCCACUUUUCGCCGGAGAAUACGCCUAGAAAUGUACAUCGACAGACAUCUGAGGAAAAUGCUAAUGCCAAUGCUGCUGCUACUACACUGCAUAGUCAUUACAACAACCAAGAUAGCAGUGAUGACUUGAAUGGGAAAGAGGAACACCAAGAUGUCACUCCUCAGUCAAGGAGAAAUGUUCAGAGUGGGAAGGAACAGUUGGGGGUCAUGCGAAUGGGGUCAAGGGAAUAUGAUCUCCUCCCAGUUGCCCGAGAUGAAGAAGAUGCAAGGCCCAAAUCAGCCCCAUCAGCAAAAUCUGGAAUUUCUCGAAGUUCUAGAUACCCAUACACAACGCAGCUAACAAGGACAACAAGAAAGAACUUUCUUGAGCGCAACAAAAAUACAUAUGUUCCUUCUGGAACUGGAUGCAAAGUAAGGAGAAUAGGAGACAAAACAUCAUAUAACGUCCGUCUUAAUAAGGAUCAGGUACAGCACACUGCUCUAAGGGCUUCUAGUUUACGAAACCGAGAGAUUGAAAACCUAAUGAGGAAACAGCAGAAGUUGACCCUGGAUGAUUGGCGAGAACAGAACAGUGUUGUAGAACCUGUAAACCAUUCAAGUGUUUUUGCAGAUGGUAGCAAAAAUAUCUUCAAGUCAAAGUCUAGGCCAAGAGAAAAUCUUAUUCAUGUACCAAGUAGAGUUGAAGUUUUCUCAAAUUAUUGUAAACAUUGCGGAGGAAGAAAGUAACCAUAGUACAGCAUAAGUGAUUUUACUCUUAGCAAAUUUUAAUUCAGGGUAAAUAGUAAAAGGUAUAUAUUGCGGUCAGAUUUCUUGCAUGUGUGACUACAUAAGCGAUAUUAUAUUUUUAGUAAAAGAGUAAGAUUGAACUAUGAAGACUACAGAAUCAUAUCAAGUUAAUUGUUCUCUUGCAAACUUGAUAAUGUAUCUCUGUAUAGAAACACAUUGAGAUUAUCUUUGAUAUAGUAUAAUAUAAAAAUCUAAUUAUCACAUCUUAUCCAACAAUGUUUAAUCCAUGUUAUACAUUUAUUCGGGUGUUUUUAGGAUGACUCAUAUGAUCUUUGGUAUUUCAUGAUAUAUGAAAUAUCAAAAGCAGUUUUAUUUUUAGUAUCAUUCCUUUUUGUAAAUAUUUAAGUAAAAACUCAUAAUGAACUUAAAAAAAAAAAAAAAUCAAACCAAUAAUAAACAGACACACAUAGUUCAUACAGUUACUAUGUAAACAUAGAUUAACUAAUGAGCUGUUCCUGAUAUACUUUCAAUUGAAGCUGAAAUAAUAAAAAAGGCAUUUUUAAAUAUUCAGUAGAACAUUGAUGUAGAUUGCAAUGAAACAGCAGGGUUAACAUGUUUAGCUAACUUACAGAUGAUUUAAUAGCAACAUUAAAGGAUGAUGCAACACUUACACAUCAGCCUGUAGUGCCUGAUAUGUAUCUCUUAUUUUUGGGUUAGGGUAUCAACAUUUUCCUAUUCCAAAGUUUUUAGUAGGCACAAAUAUAUUAUAUGACCUUGGAACAUGCUCAAAAUGUAUACUUACUCAACUACUAGUGUCUGCAAGAAUUUUAUGUUACUGUCUGAAAUGUAUAACAUCUUGGAAUAUGUACAGUAAUUGGAUGUCAGUCCUUACCUGAAUUAUAUUUCAUCGUACAUCUGGCAGUGGGUAAGAUGUAAAACAGGAAAGUUUGCUGAGUAUAAUAUUCUUCUUUGUUUUUUUUUGUUAUGCACAAACAGUGAUGAGAUAGAUCUUUCAAUUGUAUUUUUGUAUAUUUGUUUUUUGUGCCAUUUUGGUGUUUCUGUUGAUGCCGUUGAUGUCUAGAUGAUGAACAGAAGUUUGUUAAUUGCUUU